AUGAUUGAAUACCUAUUCAAAUUAUACACUCUUCCUGUUAUAUUACUCGUCGUUGUUUCUCUGCUCUAUCACUAUCGCCGCAAACAGCCUACUCUUCCGGCCUUGCCAUGGCUCAACACUAAAGAUGGAGAAUUCUUUACCGGCUUACGAGCAAGAUUUCGCUCUACGUUUGCCUACAAGCAAACGAUCCACCACGCCUAUGAACUGUAUUCCAAGAAAAACCGAUCUUGUAUCUUACCCAGUCUUAAUGGCACCGAAAUUCUUCUGCCGGCAUCGUCGAUAACAUGGCUCAUCAAUCAGCCAGAGAAUGUUUUGAGUGCCGAUGAACCCCAUCGUGACGUGCUUCAGACGGAUUUUACCUUUGUCCAUCCCUGGGUGGUUGGCAAUCCUCUCCACCAUGAGACAAUCAGAAGCGAACUCACUCGACAAUUAGGUGCUCUUACCAUGGACAUUAUGGAUGAGCUGAGGGCCGCUUUUGAUGAAAUUUGGGGUGCCGACGUGACACACUGGAAAGAAGUGUGUGUGUUUGAGACACUAAUACAUAUCAUUGCGCGCACCAGCAACCGUGUCUUCGUCGGAUUACCCUGGUGUCGUGAUCAAGCCUUCCUCGCCCAUGGCAUAGGUUUUGCUACGGCGGUCCCCGUUGCCUCGGUUUUGCUCAGACAGAUCCCGACACCACUACGUCCUCUCGCUGCUUUUGUGAUAACGAGACCCAAUCGACACCACACGAAAUCCUUCGCUCGCAUCAUUCGACCGGAGAUUGAGCGUCGUCAGAGACUUCUUGACAAUCAAACGGGCGAUGUUGAGAAGAAAGUCGGCGAGACAGAGCCUAAUGAUUUUCUGCAGUGGUCGAUCCACCGAGCACGGGAUUGUCCAGCUCCAGCGGAAAACGACCCCGACAUCAUUGCGGAGAGGCUGCUGGCAGUAAAUUUCGCGGCCAUCCAUACCUCGACUUUCAGCAUCACAAAUGCCAUCUUCGACUUACUGGCCACAGACCCUUCCGAGAAAUAUCUCGAUCAACUCCGUGACGAAGCGACAGCGGUUCUAGCCAAUGACGAUGGCGUUUGGACCAAACAAGGCCUCGCAAAGAUGUACAAGGCUGAUUCGACCCUACGAGAAUCCUCACGGCUAGGCUCAUUCCUCGGCGUCGGACUGAUGCGCACCGUCGUGAGUCCCACCGGCGUCACUGCUCCCAACGGAACAUUCUGCCCCUACCGAAGCAACAUCUCUGUGCCGACCAAUGGCGUUCAUAACGACCCGGAUCGGUACCCCGACGCCGCCACCUACAAACCCUUCCGCUUCUCCGAUCAGCGCGAAGUCGACGGACACGAUCUCACCGAGAAAGACAGCGUCAGCGAUGACCCAUGCAAUCCCAAAUCGUCCAAUACCGACGACUACAUCCGUAAAGCAAACCUGGGCUUCGUCAGCACGUCUUCGACAUACCACCCAUUCGGACACGGCCGUCACGCCUGCCCAGGCCGUUUUUUUGCGGCGAACGAGUUGAAACUGCUCCUCGCGUACAUGAUUCUCAACUACGAGUUUGAAAUGCUUCCCGAGAGACCUGAGAGCAAGUGGAUGGGCACGUCAUUGAUACCACCCUUGAAGGCGACUAUCAAGAUUCGACGAAGAGUAUGA